GGCAUACUACCUUAUAUACUAUCGAAGAAAAGGGGAUCGGAAUCGAGGAGCUUCCUACACUCCUUUAGUCGAAUCCCAAGAAUGUUCUGGAUUUGAUAUAUUGACCAGUGUGGCUUUCUCCAUUCCAGCCUGUCUGCGGUACUUAGGACCAACUUUAUCUUGGCCUAUCACCAAGGUAGCACCCGCUGGUUCAUAGUUCUAAACUUACAAAACAAUUCCAACAUUGUGAUUUCUGUACCGCAUAGGCUCUGAGGAGAUCUACACAUCCUCAUACAAAACAAUUCCAACAUUGUGAUUCCAGCCUGUCUGCGGUAUUGAGAACUUUGUGCCCUGUCCUUGUUGUCUCUCAUGGGCACCUCAAAAUGUUUCUUGUUUAUGAGGAUCCUUAUCUUGACUACCAUGGCUAUAUCAGCUGCCAUGAAUGCUACAAUCAUUGGGACACUAGUAACUAAGAGGGACUACAAGUUUGCUGAGCUCAUGAGACUCCCUGACACAUUUCUUAUGUUGUUUGUUCUGCUGUGCUUUGACUUUUCAAUAUAUUUGUCAUUCAAGAUAUUGUGGUCUGCAAGAACUUCAGUAGAUCAGAAAAUAUGUUCACAGGUCUUGUUGGAGAGUGGUCAUGGUUACAAAGUUGGGAACAAAAGGAACCCCCUAACAGAUCAUUUACUUGGAGAGUUAGAGGAUACUACCAAAACAACAGGAAUUGGGCGUGACCCAGUUAUGGACUCUGAAUGUGAAACUACCUUACAAAAGCAAGUCAUGGUCUUCGAUCAGCAGGAUGAAACAUUUGACAUCGGAGAGACACCCUUGUCCAAGACAUCCAAGGAUCAUUUGGGUCAAACUGUUGGUAAAGAAACUCCAGUUUCUGAGGCCUUACAUGUUGACACUACUGAUUCAUUGUCGUUCCAUGAUUCACUUUUCCUCUCUAAGCAUGGAUGUAUUGCAAGGAAUCCCAUUCUUCCUUAUAGACAAGUUUCAACUCCUAAGUUCCAUUCAGUCAAGAAUAUGCUUGACAUGAUAGAUUAUCUUGCUGUUGAAGGUUUUGCUAAUGGAGAAGUUGUAAGGGAUGAUGUUUCUGCUGCCUUAAGUCAACAAGUUGCCGAAUUGAUAUCCAUAAGAUGUAAUGAGAUAAACAACACAGUGAGAUUUUGUAAUGAAUAUGCUAGUAGCAUGAAAUCGAAAGUUCAAGUGGUUUUUCCUUCACACCACCAGUUUGCUGACAUUCUUGAUGACUUCUGGGGGAAUUUGUUUGACCUGCAUGGUAAUUUGACAGAAAAAGGAAAUGCCAUAAGGUUGGACCUUCUUAUUGGGCUGGAUGUUGAGGAGAUCAAAAGCUGCCCGUGCUAUUUUGAUGUACUACCUGGGGGACUAUGUGAUCCUUUGAAGCUAAAUUUAGGUAACAUGGGGCUACCACCUUUGUUUAGAAUCAUUAAUAACAUGUGCCCUGAACAUGGAAAUUGCACAUUGCCUGCUGUUGUGGCAUUCAGAAGGCGCAUCAUGGACACAUUCCUCACGGAGGAUCCUAGUCUGUUGAAGGAUGAGAAGGUAUCAUAUUUUCCUAUGGACAAUGAAGUACAAUAUGAAGUUCCCAUAUACAAAAACUUGGACAUGGUUGCUCAAUCCAUUGGCAUGGGAAGUCCAUUGGAGGAGUUGAACAAAAUGGAAGUUUUGGUUCAAAAAUGUCCAUCACAGCAAGUAGCUCAUCAGGCUUCCAAGACAAAUGUUUAUUUCUCCUACAAUGAAUUGAAAGGGCUACUCUUGAAUUCUUUUCGGGUUUGUAUUCUGAAUAUAUCGGAAAUUGAGAAAGCUGAUUGGCUGUUUCAGAAUAGAGGCGGGUAUGACGAGAAGCUAGUGGGCUUGGCUGCUGAAAUGGUGAUAUUUGGAGAUAUACAUCCAAGCGGGGUAUUCUGUCCGAAUGCAGUAGUUGGUCCCGAUGGUAAAAUAUUCAACCUGUGCACCUCAACCCUUGGUUGUGGAGAUGGAUGUAUGUGGCUACCUACUCUCCUUAUUAGCUUUGGUGUUUGGUGCAUUUCUAGAAUGCUUGAAGUGCUUCCUUCGGCAAAGAAACCUUUGCUUUUUGGGAAGUAUAGUAGGGUUCUCAAUCGACUUCAGGGCAUUCUGGAUCCAGCAUUCUUGAAGCCUGUUCAACCUGUCUCCAUAUGCCCGUGCACCAAGAGCGUCCCAGUCGUGAGACUGCCUGAUGGAAGCCAACGUAUCAGCGUGGAAGCUGUGCUGGAGAUGCUGAUGGAAGUUGAGGCCACCAUCUACGGUGUGAGGCACGCUGGAGUCUAUGGCAGGGAGAAGAAAAGCCUGAAAUCUGUUCUGGACCGCUAUAAGCUCCGGCUCUCCGAGGUGGCAUCUCAGGAGUAGGAUUUCCUUCAUAUUAGAUCGACAUAAUAAUAAUAAAAUAAAAAGCUGAACUCUCCAGCUAUGGUCACAGAUUUCUGUAUGUCUCUUAUCUAUAAGCUAUGGUAAUAAUGUUAUGCUACAUGGUAUGGGCUUGUGAACCGAGACUAAUAAUUUGACAAUUCCUG